AUGAAACUGACGAGUUUAGUUCCACUGAUCCAUCUUCCAGAUCUUCAGGUUGUUCUUUGCAGGAAUAAAAAUGCACAAAACUUCGGAAAUCUACAGUAUCCUGACUCUACAGUAUGAUGGUAUCAUUUUACAGAAAACAUGCUUUCGGCUUUUUAUCUGACAGUUCGCCAGGAUUUUCUCUGAUGAAAAAGUUCUGAUUUGAGAUAGCACUACACAUUUCUGGCAAUGUCGCUCUAUCGCAGUCCACGUGAAAAUGCGGACGCGGUCGCCAGUCACGGGUCGGCAAAGAAUACGGAGGAGUGGAAAUUGUGAAGCUGUAACUUCUCUCAGAAACCUUACAUUUACCUCUGACCUGGCUCAUUUUGAAGAACCCAGUAAAAUUGAACUCUUAUGGAUAUCGGUUUUUUUUUCGUUUUUUACACCGCUGAAUUGGGUUUUUUGACGUAAAAAAACGGAAAAAAAACAUUUUUUUCACUGCCUGAAUAACCCCAUUAUCAAAAAAUCAGAGGUCUCUAUGUUCGAGUUCUGGAGAUAUAUUGAAAAAACCGAAAGUCCUAUGUAUGAAAAGCCGGGCCGUGGCGAGCAUGUCUGAUAUUUUUGAAUUGAGUGAAUUACAUGAGAGCGGUACAUAAAUCAGUGCGAUAGCGAUAGCCGCCAUCCGCGGCAGGAAUACCUGUGGAUUUCCGCAUUGCAAAAUGUGGGAUUUUCAACAAUUUUCAAAAAUGUUAAAAACUCAAAAAGUGACAAAAGGUCGGAAAAAAAUGCCAAAAGGUCGGAAAAAAAUGCCAAAAGGUCGGAAAAAAAUGCCAAAAGGUCGGAAAAAAAUGCCAAAAGGUCGGAAAAAAAUGCCAAAAGGUCGGAAAAAAAUGCCAAAAGGUCGGAAAAAAAUGCCAAAAGGUCGGAAAAAAAUGCCAAAAGGUCGGAAAAAAAUGCCAAAAGGUCGGAAAAAAAUGCCAAAAGGUCGGAAAAAAAUGCCAAAAGGUCGGAAAAAAAUGCCAAAAGGUCGGAAAAAAAUGCCAAAAGGUCGGAAAAACUGCUAAUUUUUCAAACUCGGCCCCGAGGUCGCUCAAUUUGCACUGCAAAAAGAGUUUCUAUGAUAACUUAUAUUUAGGUAUAAUGAAAUCUUUCAGGGAAAUUGAAUGCUAAUGCUGUCAAUUGUUGGUUUAUUGUUGAUUCUGGAGCUCCUUACACAUACCUGACCGUAAAAUCAUUGAAAUCAAUCGUCGGAAAAGGAUUCACACAUGGCCUCCACAGUCUCGCCAUACAAGUUUGUUUUCCUUUAUUUAGAGUUUAAUGGUUAAUUCAAAUGUUCAGGAUGAAACGACAAAUAUCGAAUGUCACCUCUCCAAAGCACAUUUCUCCAACGCCAAUAUCCUUGGAGCAGACUCGCAGGAGGCAUUGGACUUGUCAAUUGAUAUCAAUUGGAAGAAGAAGGAGUUCAAGCUAAUGAGAAUGUGA